AUGGCGAGAGCCGUUGGAUCUGUCACGAGCCAUCAUCAAGUGGAUAAUAACGAUAUCUACGCCUUCUGCCCGCUCGCGACUUCCGCGGGAGGCAUCCCCACGCCGCGCUCCCAGAGAUUAAGCGAGUCAGGCCUCCCCGGAUCGCGCUCGUUCUCGUCUACGAUUGUCACAGCGAUUUUCAACAUCUGCCGGAUGGAAGCCGGGCAAAAGGAAAUUUUCUCCGAGGGGGGGCUGGAGUCUCUUGUGGACGUCCUCCGGGCAGCAGAAAACAACGAAGCUGCCCGGGAAAACGCGGCGGCGGCGAUUUUCUGCCUGGCGAACACAGAGGAACGAAAGCAGCUGGUUACUGAGAGAGGAGCGUUACCACCGCUGGUGGGGUUGCUGCAGACUAGUAGUGUGAGAGGGCAAAGAGAUGCUAUUCUGACCAUCUGGAGUCUGGUUAGGUGGCUCUGUGCGUGCUCUCUUUAUGGCUUCCCGGGUGACACAGCAGCGGGUGAUGCGGGGUGUCAUAGUGAGGCAACAGCAGCAAGAGCCGGAGCAGGAGCAGGAGCAUCAGUAGCAGCAGCAGAAGUAGGAGCAGGAGGAGCAGGGGAAGGGGAGGAGGAGAGAAGCAGUGAUGCCACAGAGGCAGCAGAUGGUUCAGGAGGCAGCAGGGGGGGCAGCAGAGGGGACAGUGGGAAGGAGAGCAAGGAGGUUAAUAAGGAGCGGGAAGAGCAGGAUGAAGAGGAAUCCGAACCUGUGAGAAAAUCCGUCACUAUCGCUGAUUUCAUCGCCACUGGUGCAGUGCCUGUUCUCAUCGGGCUCUUACAGUCGUCGGAUCAAGGGCUGGAGGAGCGAUCAAUGGCCAUCCUUUCUCUCCUCUCCAAGUUCCCCGAAGGCCGGCGGGCCAUCUGGGAAGCAAAUGGCGUGGAGGGGGUUUGUGACGUGCUGGAGAUGUCGUCUCAGAGGGCAAAGGAGGAGGCAGUGGCAACGCUGCUACGAAUGGCUGGGAGUGACACGGCGGUUAAGGCGGUUUUGGUUAGGGAAGGGGUGAUCCCUGCGCUGUAUAAGAUUCAUAAGGAGAGCGAGGGCAAUGCAGGGGUGAAGGCUAAGACUCUGCUUGACAUGCUGCGGACCACCUGGAAGUAA